CCAAUUUAUCUCCGUGUGAACGAGCUGUUUAAUUAAGGCAAGAAUAUGAGGAUAAGUUGAGACAGUACUUUAUCUGCGAAAAAAUGGCGCCAAAACGGCGCAAAUCCGCCUCGCCCGUUCCGCCAGAACCACCAAAAAGACACCAAACCCGAUCAGCAGCUAAAGCUACUUCAAGUGGCGGAGUUCCCAACGAAGCCACCAAAAUGGAUACGGAAUCCCUCGAGACAGAAGAGUCGCGUCAAUCAAAAUCAAAAUCAACUAAGAAGACGGUUUCCAAGUCUUCCGUCUCUGGGACAUCAAAGUCAUCGAAAGAGAUACAUUCGAGAAACGUAUCAGGGACAAUUGCAGAUAGUCCUUCUACUUCGAGUGUAACAGAUGGCAAGGGCACAUCGGCCGUUUUAUCUCUAACACAUCCCUCACUCAAAAACCCCAUCCAUUGCGAACUCUACAACCCAGCAUCGCCUUCCACAGAGACGCCUCAAAGCCCAACCCUGAUCUUCACCCAUGGAGCAGGCGGUACCCUAUCCGCCCCCGCCGUCGUCCACUUUCGAGAAGGCUAUGCCUCCCAACUUCCGAUCUUCCUCUUUCAGGGAUCUAUGAACCUUGCCGCUAGAGUGAAGGCAUUUCACGCCUGUGUCGAACACUCCAAGUCUAAUGGGCCCAAUCCGAAAGAGGCGAUUCAUGCGAAGCAUCCUCCACUUCUUCUCGGCGGCCGCAGCAUGGGUUCCCGCGCCGCUGUUCUCACAGCCUUGGACAUCGUAUCCAGACAUCCAACGACCUCCGUCUCCCUAAUUCUAUGUUCCUACCCACUCUCUCCAUCGAAAGGUGACGCAGACACUCGCUCCGCGCCACUGCUUUCCUUGCCCCCGCAUUGCGAUGUGCUAUUUAUUGUAGGGUCGAGGGAUGCUAUGUGUCCACUAGAAGAGCUGGGGGAGCUGCGGAACGAGAUGCUGGCGAGGAGUUGGUUGGUGAUUGUUGAGGGGCUGGAUCAUGGGAUGAGGGCCAAGAGGGAGGAGGAGUUGGGGCGGACAGCUGGGGAGGUGGCUGCGAGCUGGGUGCGUGGGGAGAGGUGGGAGGGAGAGAAGAGGUUAGGACUAGGGGAUAGGGAUGUGGAAGUGGAGGAGUGAUGGACGGACGAUGCGAAUCGGUGGAAUAGGGAUUCGUUGCCCUGGUUCAGGGCCGUUGGCAAAAAGGAUAGGAUUCUGGCAUGAAUGUUACAUGGUAUAGGCCAUCAGAAUGGAGCGGAGCAAGUCUGCUAUACAUUCAACAUGGCAAUCAGCGACUUAAUAAGCGCAAGCUCCGAUAUACCCUGUCAUCACGUUAUGCAUCAACCUUGUAGAACCCACGAGGGCCAGAUAAGCCUACCCUGCCAGAAGGCCUCCUAUCUGGUAGUCAAUAACG